GAUAAUUCUCAUACUCUUUUAUUUUGGCUGCUGCUCCUCUCUCUCUCUCUCUCUCUCUCUGUGUGACGCACACGAGCUCGUCUAGCUGCUCAACCUCCAUGAUCUGAGAUUCUCUGCCAUGGAAGAUACCUUUUCAGUUGUUACAUUAAUUGACUCUACGACCUCAAAGAUACAACAGCUCCAGAAAGCAUUUGCUGAACUUGAAAGUCACCGGGCCAUAACCCUCAACUUGAAAUGGAAAGAACUUGAAGAACAUUUCCAUGGGCUUGAGAAAUCCUUGAAGAGGCGUUUUCAUGAGUUGGAAGACCAAGAAAAGGAAUAUGAGAACAAAACAAUUGCGGCCCAAAAAUUGUUGGAGAAGCGGGCAGCUGCAGUUGUGGCCAAGGAACAAGCUUCACUGGAGAGGCUUCAAGAGAAGAGAGACGCUGCUAUAUUUGCCAUUGCUAAUGCUCGAGAGAAUCCUGCUAUUGUACCUGAUGGGACCCAAUGUGGGGCACCAAGCACAGAAGAGAAACCAAAAGAUGACAUGGCUGCUGAAAGUAACUUAGAAGACAUCAAAGUUUCUUCUGAAAGUGGAGAUGUAGAGGUGAAGUCUUAUCCCCAGCUAGUAAUACUUUGUGAAGCAAUGGACUCAAAAGGGCUCCACACCUUUAUAUCGGACAACCGUAAGAACCUAGCUGCCAUAAGGGAGGAGAUUCCACUAGCACUAAAGGCUGCAGCUAAUCCUGCCCGUUUGGUAUUGGACUCUUUGGAAGGGUUUUAUCAGAUGGAAGUGCCCAAUCUGGAUGGAAAGAAGGAUUCUAACUUAUUGGGUCUUCGUCGGACCUGUAUCAUGUUGAUGGAGUGUCUAAGUAUUUUGCUAACAAGCCGAGAUCUUGUCUCUGUUCCUGAUGUCAUUUCAGAAGAUCUGAAGAAGCAGGCAAAGGCAAUUGCUGAAGAAUGGAAACCAAAAUUGGAUGCUCUUGAUUUGGAUGCAAGCAAUGGGAACUCAUUGGAGGCUCAUGCGUUUCUGCAACUUCUGGAAACUUUUGGUAUUGCCUCUGAUUUUAAUGAGGAACAAUUGUCUAGGUUAAUACCAAUGGUUUCACGGCGUCGCCAAACAGCUGACCUCUGUCGCUCCCUUGGGUUAUCAGAGAAAAUGCCAGGUGUUGUUGAAGUCUUGGUAAAUAGUGGAAGGCAAAUUGAUGCUGUUAACUUGGCCUUUGCAUUUGAACUUACUGAGCAGUUCUCCCCUGUGCCUUUGCUGAAAUCGUACCUGAAGGAGGCAAGAAAAGCUUCUACACCUGUUAAAACUGGAAACGCAUCUUCCACUGCUCAGAACGAGGUUAACGAUCGAGAGCUGACUUCACUUAAGGCCGUGAUCAAGUGCAUUGAAGAGCAUAAACUUGAGCAGCAGUUUCCUGUGGAUCCACUCCAAAAGCGUGUCCUCCUGCUAGAAAAGGCCAAGGCAGAUAAGAAAAGGGCAACUGAAGCUGCGAAGCCUCAACCAAAAAGACCUCGUGCUAACGGUGUCGGAUAUGGACCUCGCAUCACUAACACUGCUAUUGACAAGACUUUCUAUCCGAGAGUCACUGAUAGGUAUCCUCAGUAUGUGUAUGAUAGGCCAUAUGCUUACCCAGUACCUGCUGACAACCACUGCCCUCCUCUUAUGGCUUCUGCUAGUUACAAUCUGUCUCCUAGUCAUGGCAACUACUUCGGAAAUGGCUACCAGUACCAAGCCCCUUAUCUUCACUAGGUAGCAACAACAAACAUGGCGAAAAAAGGUGACUCUGAUCCGUUGGUUUAACUGUUAGGCUUAACCCUGCUGGCUCGUUGUAUGUUGUACUGUAUGAAUGAAUUUUAGUAUUUAAAAAAAAUGACAAAAAAAAAGAAAAAAAAAUGUGUAAUUCUUAGUUGAUGUACAAGAUGAUGCUUCGGUUCUCUAAAUUCUAAUAUAUAUAUGCACAAUAUUUUAAUUUUGUAAA